AUGGCUUCCGCUGCGAUCUUCGGAGUAUCCCAUCCAAAUACCCAUACCAGAGACAACGCCUACUGGGAACAUCCGUCAUCUUCCCUCUUCAAACAGGUCAUGCGCUCCCAAGCCGCCGCAGCCCACCAUACUUCCGCGUCGCAAAACUCACCACACCAGCCCAAAGAAGAUGCACGGCAACAGCCUGCCCCCAAUGGGCACGUCAGCCUCGAUCCAGGGCUUCUGCCGCCUCCAUCAGCUCCACCAUCGCUGGUGAGCGCACUCAAGAGCAUGAGCGGUGCACCGGACCCUCUUGUGACUCUGCGUGAGAAGCCCCGCGAACAUUCCUUUGACUCACCUUAUGCGCGCUCAGCCAACUCGACCGCGCCGGGCUCGCCACGAAUUCCUGUGCGCCAGAACUCCGGAAGCCAGACACCUCGGGUGCGGCCCCACGCCACCACCCUGAGCAUCCCGGGCAUGACAAGGUCGAGAGUUUCACCCGAUGGCAAGAUUGCAGAGAGGGAUGUUGCUGCCAAACUUGUGAUAAUCAUGGUCGGAUUGCCCGCACGUGGAAAAUCUUACAUUACAAAGAAGAUCCAGCGGUACUUGUCAUGGCAGCAGCACGAUACGAGGAUUUUCAACGUUGGCAAUAGGAGACGAAUUGCUGCGGGUCAGAAGCCCCCAAAGGCCCCCACCGCCUCUGAUGACACCAAGAGCGUGGAUGGCCGGCUCCAGGCGGCCACUGUCUUGCUGAACGGCGUCACACAACCAGACGUGGACGAGCCGACCGCCUUGGACUUGAACGACACAAAUGACGAGAAAACGGUACACUUGCAAAAUGAACCCACCACCGGGAAUCUCAGCGAAGGCCAAGAUGUUAACAAUUUCGACCAGUCUGCGAAGUUCUUUGAUCCCACAAAUGCAACAGCUGCCCAGCUCCGCGAGAAAGUGGCCAUGGAUACUCUGGAUGAACUCCUCGAUUACCUCAUCAACAGCUCCGGUGCCGUCGGAAUUCUUGAUGCGACAAACAGCACGAUAGCUAGGAGGGAGGUUCUCGUCAAGAAGAUACGGGAGCGGGAACCGAAACUAGGCAUCCUCUUCAUCGAGAGUAUCUGCCAAGACAGAAAUCUUCUGGAAGCAAACAUGCGCCUCAAGCUCUCCGGUCCUGACUACAAAGACAAGGAUCCAACCAAGUCAUUGGAGGAUUUCAAGGCUAGGGUACAAGCAUACGAGAGCGCAUACGUGCCGCUUGGCCAAUACGAAGAGGAGCGAGAUCUACAGUACAUCCAGAUGAUAGAUGUGGGCCGGAAGGUGAUACAUCACAGGCUCAAGGGAUUCCUGAGUGGGAGCAUUGCCUCGUACUUGACGACAUUCAAUCUAGCACCAAGACAGAUUUGGAUCACCCGACAUGGUCAAAGCGAGGACAACAAACUCCAAAAGAUAGGCGGCAACUCUCACCUCACAGACCGAGGCCAGUGUUAUGGAGCAGCACUUUACAACUUCAUCACCAAGAAACGCCAGGAGUGGCUCGUCGAUCAGCAAGACAGACUUGCUCAGUCAUCAUUCCCUCCCAAAGCCGGGGACGACACCCCUCCGUACCCCGAGAUGUACCACGAGCUUCAGCAGAAGAACUUUUGCGUAUGGACAUCGAUGCUUCAUCGGACCAUUGAGACGGCUCAAUACUUUGACAACGAUGAUGAUUACGACGUCAAGAACUGGGAGAUGCUGAAUGAACUCAACGCAGGGACAUUUGAAGGCAUGACCUACGAUGAGAUUGCCGUCAAGUAUCCAAACGAAUACCAGAAACGCACUGCGGACAAGCUCAACUACAUUUACCCCGGCGUCGGCGGGGAGGGAUACCUCGCGGUCAUCUCCCGACUGCGCGACAUGGUACGGGAGAUGGAGCGGGUUACGGACCACGUUCUGGUCAUCAGCCACCGGUCGGUGUGCCGUGUGCUGAUGGCGUACUUCAUGGAUCUAUCACGGGAUGGCAUCGCCAACCUCGACGUGCCACUAGGAAUGCUUUUCUGCAUUGAACCGAAACCGUACGGGUACGAAUUCCAUGCGUACAAGUACAACGAGCCAGCAGGGUGGUUCGAUGAGCUACCGGAUUACAAACCACAAAAGGCGACUGAUAGAAACAACUGA